AAACCAAACCCUAAUCUAUCCAAAUCAAAAAGUAAAGGGGAGGCAAAAGGUUAACACUUAACAGACAAAGUAGAGAAAGAAAAGGAGGCGCCAGAAAAGGAAGGAACUUGUAGCUGCUGCUGCGAUUACCUCCGCCACCGUCUGCUGCUGCGAUUACCUCCUCCACCGUCUCUUUAACCACCAUAAAAAAACUACCUCCACCUUCAUCACCAUCUCUUUCACAAAUAGAACCCAUUUUUUCAUCCAAAACAAACAGAACUCAUUCCAUCAAAUCAACACUAACACCUCCACCAUAGCUAGAACCACCGCCGGACCUCUCCCCCUCUCUCUCUAAGUACGCAUGACGUCUUUAGCUGGAUCAGGAGAGCCACCCUUACCUCCGCCUGGUGGUGGUGGAGAUUUAGGUGGGCAUAGAUCAGACCCACCUAGACGUGGACGAGUACUUCCAUAAAAAACCUGACGGGUCAUGGGAUACAGUAGAAGCGGCACGAGUACAGAGGGAGAUGGAUGAAUUCGAGGAAGCUUUUAAUGCUCAACAAAAUGCUGUUCCACCUAGUGAGCGGACUCCUGAGGAGGUUAGAGAUACAAUAAUGCUGGAUCAAUUUGUCGAGGUUGCUGGCGGGAUGCAAAGAAAUCAUCUUAGGGGGCAAGGCAAUGCAUCUUCAUUGGUCAUAAGGACCCCGAUGGGAUAUAGACUUGAUCCUAGCUCCACUUUUAGCUCGAGUAGUUCUUUCGCUCGAUCUAAUGCAGCUGUUGAUUUUGAAGAGAUGGAACGUCGACUCAAAGCUGACAAUGAUGCUCGGGUUCAAGCUGAAGUUGCAUCUCAACUCCAAUCUCAUAUGGACACAAUGAGGUCGCGGCUCCGAGCUGAAGCAAGGGAUGAUAUUGAAUUAAUUGUCCAAAGGAGAUUAUCACAAUGAGGUUGCUGCUAUAUUUUUUUGGUGUUGAGGCUUUUCUUAUAUGCUUGUUGUGUGCACUACUUUUUUGUUGCUGGUAUUUUAGUUCCUAUUUUGUUGCCUUGUUGGUGGAACAAAAUUUGGUUCUUAUUCUAUUAGAUAUUAGUUUUAUAUUUUUAUGUAUUUAUCAAAAAACAAAAUUAUAUUUUAUGUGGUAUGAUAUUUAUUUAAA